UGCAUCAACCCGCGAUGCGAUGGGGUCAGAGGUCGAUGCCAGAGAUCGGCUCCAGUACCGUUUCGGUACCAUUUCCUGCGCGCGCCAGCAUCGCGGCAGACAGUGACCCCGCUGUCACCUUCACUUGGCUGCGAGGAAGCCCGGGGACGUCCGCGGCGACGCCCGCAUCACCGCGAGGCAGCGCGCCGUGCACGGGCGGGCGAGACGGGGGGAGAGCGACGCUCGCAUCACCUCGUCUGCCGCACUCUGUCAGUCAAUCUGCGGCUACCGCACUGGGAGAAUUAUCUGCACCGUCGCGCUCUCUUAGGAUGCUCUCCCUGUGUGUCAUUAAGCUCCUCAGCCUCCGCGAGCCAUGCGACAGUGGUGCCUUCCGCCCAUAGCUCCCAGCUCGGAACCUCUUCUGACGGGUGUACAGUCUCCCCAGCUGCCUGGCGCGCCGUUAGAUGCCAGGAUGGAGUACUGUGACGUGGAGCCUCGCUACACCAUCGAGCAGAUCGACCUGCUGCAGCGGCUGCGUCUGUCGGGGAUGUCCAAACCGCAGAUCGUCCACGCCCUCGAGUCCCUGGAGAGGCUGGACCCCAUUCCAAGCCCCGCCCCCGCGACGGGCCCCGCCCCCACCCCCGCCAACGCCCAGUCCUCCUCCUCCCUCUCCUCCUCCUCGUCCCUCACCUCCGCCACUACUCAGACCCCCAGCCUGGACGCCUCGCCGUCACCUAGCAACAGCUAUGAGGCCUCCCCCCCGCCCCUCUACCCCGUCAGCGGAGGUCAGAGGUCGUUCUGUUAUGACCUGGCAGAGGAGGACUGGGACGUGGAGGAGAAAGUGGAGGAGUACAUGAGACGGGACAGCCACAUGGUGAAGGAGGAGAUCAAGGUGUUUCUGAACAACAGGAGGAUCUCGCAGGCGAUCGUUGGGCAGGUGACAGGGAUCAGUCAGAGCUACAUCUCCCAGUGGCUCCUGCAGCAGGGGCUGGAGAUGAGCGACUCCAAGCGCAGGGCCUUCUACCGCUGGUACCUGCUGGAGCGGAGCAGCCCAGGAGCCACGUUGUCACUGCGGCCUCUUGUGAAAGAGGAGCCGGACUGGAGGGCCAGCAUCAGCCCUGGGGGAGGCGGGGCCGUGCUGCCUGUGGGCGGGGCAGGAGUGGCACCUGGGGGCGGAGCUAUGAGGCUGCGCAGAGGCAGCCGCUUCACCUGGAGGAAGGAGUGCCUGUCAAUCAUGGAGGGCUUCUUCAUGGAGAACCAGUAUCCUGACGAAGCCAAGCGGGAGGAGAUCGCCAACGCUUGCAACUGCGUGAUCCAGAAGCCAGGGUGCAAGCUGUCCGAGUUUGAGCGUGUCACGGCACUGAAGGUGUACAACUGGUUCGCCAAUCGCAGGAAGGACAUGAAAAGGCGGGCUAACAUAGAGGCUGCUAUCCUGGAGAGCCACGGGAUUGAGGUGCAGAGCCCCAGCUGUCACUCAAACGGAGAGGAGGCGGAGCCUCCGGAGCUGACGGAGCAGAUGGGCGGAGAUCUCCGCCAGACCACCCUCUAUCAGGAGGAAGUGUGCACCAGGAAAGACCCUGAGCAGGACGUGACCUCACUGGCUGCCGUGGUGAUGACUCUCCCCAGCCCCACCCCACACCUGGCCAAUCAGAAGCCGGACGAACUGAAAACGGAAGCUGCCGACGAGGAGUGACGCAUGGGGGGCGGGGCUCGGGGGCGUGAAUGAAUCUGCCCGGCGGAGGCUGUGAUGCUGACGUCUCCAGGGAGAAGACUGUGGGACGGACAAUUACUCCAGGGAUUCCUAUGGUGCGCCCCCUAGUGGCAAGGAGGCAAUUGUACAUAUUUAUAAUAGUAACCCCAAUAGACAACUGUUGCAUAGUAAUCCACAUUUAGUGCACUCUGAUGAUAUAGUAACACAUGACUCCAGAUGGAAGGAUGGAAAAAUCACCCUUAAAGCCCUGAAAUUGAAGAGUGAAGAUUUCCCUCCCCCUACCUCAGCUAAAGACUUUUAUUUUGACCUGUUAUUACAUUAACAGCUUUAUUUAACUGAUUCAUGACAAACAUGGUCGUGGCCAGAUGACUGAAGUGAUGCAUUCUGGGAGAGAUGACCCUGCAGGACAGGAUUUAAAAGGAGCGAAAUGAAGUUGUUGUUUUUCUCUCUCUUGUGGGUGUGAGAGUUGAGAGAAUAUGUAUCAUAUGCAAUGGACUUUUCUCCCUGCAACUUUUAUGUUCUCAUUCCUAUAUACACCUGGACAUCGUGGUCAAAUGGAUCGACUAUCAAUAAAUGUAAGCGCUACUUGAAGAAAGUACUGAAUCUCUGGUAAACUGUGGUAAUCUCUAGAGCAGAAUAAAUUAUUAUCGUUGCUAUUUACCAAUGGUAACAUUAGUUGAUGGACGACUGCUGAAGAUUGGACCACAAAAUUAGCAUAAGUGACUUAGGUACGCCUAUUUGUGUUAAAACCGUAACUGUGGUUGCAAUCUAUCAGAAAUUAUGAUAGACACCGAGGCGCAUGCGCAUUUUUGUCAGUAGAUGAGAAGACCGUCUGAAAUGAAUCAUGCAUUAAUACUUUAGACGGCGAAACAAACGCAUCAUCGCUGAAGUCUUCAAUUAAUUAACAAAUCAACAAUCCAUACUACGUGCGAUCCCGAGCAGCACCGCUAGGUGGUGCCAUUAACUCAAACAACAAGCGUUUUUUAAAGUUGCAGAUGACUGGCUAGCUAAAGUUAGCUAUUGGCAUUUGCUACCACCUUGAGAGAACCACAAUUAGGACAAAACGUGUAUGUGCCUUUGGUAAAAUACCCACGAAAUAAUUGUGUUAAUUGCAUUUUACUUUUAUGCUUGUAAUUAUGUUUACAGGAUUAGUUACCGAAACAUUUUUUUUAUAAUUCGCUCGCUGGGCGGCUUCACUGGCUAAUAUGACCAGGUAAAGAACAAAUUAACCGAUGCAAUGAGCAGGAUUGACUGGCGAUGUUAAAUCAGGAUUUAAACGCUCCUUGGUCGCGUCAUAUUACAGACAACUAUCGGGUAUUAUUAGAAUCUAUGUCUAAAUAAUCUAAUCUAAAUAGUGUACAUUUUCUCUCAACUACCACCAUCUUUGCUUCCUAACUACGUAGCCUACACAUCUGUAUCGAUAACCAAAUAAUGGCAACAGCGUUAUAACCAAAUUACAAUUGUAGGUAACAGGGUAAAUUGCCGGUGUUUUUUGUUGAAUAGCCAAUUGACAUGUUAGAUACGCAGCUGCUCACGCGAAUGAUUUAAAUGCGCUUCUUGUUACAACACCGACAAAAUAACGAAGCACCCGCGUACUAAGAACGUUUUAUUUUUAAUGUAGAGUAACACGGCGUCCCCAGUGCACGUUAUCAACACUAAGUACCUACGUUGGCUCCAGCUUGUUGUGAGACAGAUCUAUCGCCGUCGGGAUCCCGAAACACGGUCGUAGAAGCUGCCAUUUUGCCCGUUACCUUUAGCUUUUGAUUCAUAGAGUUUGACUCCCGGCCAGAUCCGCCUUCGGUACUGGACUCAAAAGUUGCGAGUUGCGACAGAGGAUGAGGACAUCGAAACUUUAAGUGAUAAACAAACGCCAUACAAUAUUUAAACUUGCGAAACAUUUGCGAUGAUGCGCAUCAGCUCUCUUUAGAUCUCAGCCGAAAACGUUUUCAACGUACGUUUCUAAGUUACAAACGCACAUACAGCACUGUCUAUAAGUCUAUAAUUAAAACUUGCACAAUCUAGUCUUGCCGUUGAACAUAUUGAUAUCAAAAUGAGACCAAGUUACAAUAAACAAUAUCAGCUAUCUUAGCUCACACAGAUUAAACAAACGCUACUAAAAAGCAAUACUACCCAAAUGUUUCCUAAAUUAUUUAAUGUAACUUGGCCGUCUUUUUUCAUCUUUUCAUCUGAAGAAAAUGUGGUCGUAUAAACCUUGUGUCACAUCAAAGUGUCAAAUAACAAAAAAAUAAUCUCAUGGAAGAAGACAUCUUUUGAAUUGUUUUAAACAGCUGAUGAAAAAUUACAGUUCAUAAUGGAUAUGUUUAUACUUAGUUGUUAGGUUUGUCUUAAAAAGUGCACAAGUUUCUGUAUAAUUUCCAGCCGAGUCAUUACCGUUGUUAUGCGCGUGCUUGUAAAUGGAUGAGUUUCCAGUUUAACUAAUGGACUGCUUGUAAAACAUAGGCUACUUAACCAGCGAACGGCCAUUUUAGUCUGAAACUACAGAAAAAUAUAUGGAAUAUGUGCUGAGUUUUAUUGUAAAUGAUUACAGUAAAAUUGUGCAUGUCAUGGUAAACCUAAUCGCGUAAAUAAUGUGCGCCACGUCACAUAAUCAAAAUUUCAACCCUGCUUGUUUAGUCUUGGCCCGCUUUUGUAGACUAAUUAAUUCCCACUCUCAGUGCCAGGUCAUCUAGUCACAGUGCAGUUUAAUUAACAUUACAACACUUCUAAUUAUCUGCACCACUACACAUCUGUGCUGGGUGCAGUCCCAGCUGUACAGCUCCUGUCCCUGAGAUACAUCCUUUACGUGCACUGUCCAUGCAAGCCACUGCUGUCACCGUUACAACUGGUAUUUUAGCACUGUGAUUGUGCAGGCUAACCGCAUGUGCUGUGUGCUGACUGGUGUUCAGUCACAUACUGGGUGUGCAUCUUACCCAGUCAGUACCCAAGUUAUAUUUCAUAGCCAUUUCAUGUACCUCCACCACCCUGCUGCUCUGACCACUGCUUCACACUGCUACUCUGAUCACUGCUCCACACUGCUGCUCUGACCACUGCUCCACACCGCUGCUCUGAUCACUGCUCCAUACUGCUGCUCUGACCACUGCUCCACACUGCUGCUCUGAUCACUGCUGCAUACUGCUGCUCCAAUCACUGCUCCACACUGCUGCUCUGAUCACUGCUCCACUCUGCUGCUCUGAUCACUGCUCCAUACUGCUGCUCCAAUCACUGCUCCACUCUGCUGCUCUGAUCACUGCUCCACACUGCUGCUCUGACCACUGCUCCACACUGUUGCUCUGAUCACUGUUCCACACUGCUGCUCUGAUCACUGCUCCACACUGCUGCUCUGACCACUGCUCCACACUGUUGCUCUGAUCACUGCUCCACACUGCUGCUCUGAUCAUUGCUCCACACUGCUGCUUUGACUACUGCUCCACACUGCUGCUCUGACCACUGCUCCACACUGCUGCUGUGACCGCUGCUCCACACUGCUGCUCCAAUCACUGCUCCACUCUGCUGCUCUGAUCACUGCUCCACACUGCUGCUCUGAUCACUGCUCCACACCGCUGCUCUGAUCACUGCUCCAUACUGCUGCUCCGAUCACUGCUGCUCUGAUCACUGCUCCACACUGCUGCUCCAAUCACUGCUUCACACUGCUGCUCUGAUCACUGCUCCACACUGUUGCUCUGAUCACUGCUCCACACUGCUGCUCUGAUCACAGCUCCACACUGCUGCUCUGAUCACUACUCCACACUGUUGUGUGUUGACUGCUGAAGUGACAUGUGAAUUGGAAAUAAAUACACAAAUAAUUGAUUUAAUUAUUUUAUUCCUUUAUUGAGAGAGCCACAUCACCCAAAGUUAUUUUUUUGGAUGGAGGAAUUCAACAGUCCCAAUCAAAGCACCAGUCACUCACAACUUCCAAACAAAAUAAAUGAAAAGAGAA